AUGAUCUGUUGGUCGGCGUCCUUCUAUCCACAACCCAUCAGCAAUUUCCGACGGCGUGCGACGACUGGGCUGGCCAUCGAUUUCCCAACAAUUAACGUCCUAGGAUUCGUUUGCUAUACAGCGUAUACUUCAGCCUUCUUGUAUUCGCCCGUAAUUCGAGGCCAGUACGCUGCUCGUCAUCCGCUUUCGGAAGAGCCGACUGUGCGCUUCAAUGAUUUUGCCUUUGCUCUCCAUGCCGUCGUUUUAAGCUCCCUUAUCUAUACCCAAUUCUGGCCGCAGAUUUGGGGCUUCAAGGUUUCACGCUUCCAAAGGGUUAGCAAACCAGUUGCUGGCCUAUUCUGGGGGUCAAUCGUCGCCGUUGGCAUCAUUAUCGUCAUCGUUCUUGCACGGAGUCCCGAUCAGGGCUACGAACCCUCGACCUGGGCAUGGAUCGACGUAAUAUACACUCUUUCCUACGUGAAGCUGAUCAUCACCAUUGUGAAGUAUGUGCCUCAGGCGUGGGUCAACUAUAAACGCAAAUCUACAGACGGCUGGAGUAUUGUCCAGAUCCUCUUGGAUCUGUCGGGAGGCGUGCUGUCCCUGAUUCAGCUAGUGCUCGACUCCAGUUUCCAAAAUGAUUGGAGUGGAAUCACGGGCAAUCCGAUCAAAUUUCUCUUGUCAAAUGUCACAAUCCUCUUUGACUUGGUCUUCGUCGUUCAACAUUACAUUCUGUACAGGCGAAGAGACAAAGGCAAGGACAGACGCGAUAUUCCAGACCUCGUCACCCCUCUGUUGGCAGACCCAAAUCAAGUGCCCAGAACUGCUAGCCACUAG